GCACUUGGAACAUCUCAAUGAAAAAAAUAAUGAAAGCCAGAGCCUCUGGGUUACGUCAUCAGCAGGAAGGAGAAGCCAGAGUUGUUUAACGCUACCGGCAGAGCGAUCGUCUGCUGUGUUGGUCAUUCCCUCUGCGUUACUGUGAAACUCGAUUACUCACUGGUAAUAGUUUGAUCGUGUACAGCGCUACCGAUUACUCCAAAGUCCGAAGUACUCUAAGGAGCGUUACCACAUGAACUCAACCUCAAGGGGAGAAGCCAAGUUUGAGCGACACUGCCGGCAGGGCAUUUGUCUGCCUGCGUACACCGGAGGGCGAUCGUUUCGCCACGUGUUCCCCCGGAGGUUGAAACCCGUACAAGAGCGAGAGAGACUGUGAUUCGAAAAAACUGCGCGCAAUCACCCGAGUGCCUAUAUAACUGGCACUUUGCUUAAAGCCUAGUUCGAGAAACGGCGUCGCCGCGAUGGUGUUCUACUUCACGAGCAGCGUGGUCGAGCCGGCCGUGACGCUGUUCAUGGGCGCUGAGAAGCACGAGAACGAGGAGCUGAUCCGCUGGGGCUGGCCCGAGGACGUGUGGUUCCACGUCGACAAGGUGUCGUCGGCGCACGUCUACCUGCGGCUGAAGCGCGGCGAGACGCUCGACGACAUCCCGUCGCGCGUGCUCGUCGAUGCCGUGCAGCUCUGCAAGGCCAACAGCAUCUCCGGCAACAAGAUGAACGACGUCGACGUCGUCUACACGCUCUGGUCGAACCUGAAGAAGACGCCGGGCAUGGACGUCGGCCAGGUGGGCUUCCACCGGCAGCGCGACGUGCGCAAGGUGCGCGUCGAGAAGCGCGCCAACGAGAUCAUCAACCGGCUGAACAAGACGCGUACGGAGCGUGCGCCGGACCUGCGCGAGCAGCGUGAGCUGCGGGACCGCGACGAGCGCGGCGAUAAGAAGCAGGUGCUGCUGGAGCAGAAGCAGCGGGAGCGCGAGGCGGCCGAGGAGCGGGAGCGCGAGAAGCAGCUGCGCUCUUACGCGACGCUCUUCGAGUCGGCGAAGAUGUCGACGAAUCAGGACAGCGGCAACGAUUCGGACGACUUCAUGUGACGCGAUGGCGGUGCGAGUCCGGCGCAGAGGCUUCGAUUGAACGGACAGUCUCAUUGGAUAGCUGUGUGUGAUUGGCAAGGCUGGCGGAGAGGCUUCAAUUGAACGGACAGUGAUUGGAUAGCUGUGUGUGAUGUGGUGUUGCUGUGACUGGCAAGGCUGGUGGAGAGGCUUCAAUUGAACGGACAGUGAUUGGAUAGCUGUGUGUGAUGUGGUAUUGCUGUGACUGGCAAGGCUGGUGGAGAGGCUUCGAAUGAAUGGACUGCUUGGAUAACUGUGUGUGAUGCGUUGUUGCUGUGACUGACGAGUCCAUGGAAAGGAAUGCUGAAACGAAAUGAGUGACUGUUGAUUCAACAGGUGGCUGAUUUGAUUGGUACGAUUUGACGACUAAAUAUAUGUGGUGUGAUUGGGAUCGACGGUUCGAGGUAAAGGCUGAACUUAACUGGACGUCUCGGAUGCCUUCGUGUUAGGCAUUACUGUGCGACUUGUGACUAGCAAUUGUGGUGCAAGUUGAAAUUUGGAAUAAUUUCUCGUCUAUAUUUUAUUGAUGUGAAGAGACAGUGUGUUGCAUGAGUGACUGGUCAUUCCAGCGGAAAGGCCCACUCGUUCCCACUCGUUCUCUAUUCAGGUUUAUUUACACUCCAGAUGGUGAAACGUGCUAUACAUAACUCAACCGAUUCUCUUGAAGAGUAUAUCUAUUUGCACGCAGCAUUUCAUGCAUAUACCAGAUUACAAUUUUAAUAUUGUGAUGCAGUUACCAAAAGUUCAAUAGCAUGCCAGGUUUUAUGAUGGUCAUGAGUUGUAUGCAUGCAAAUUCAUUUUUAAGGAAUCUCUGAUUAAUACAUUUCAAAUAAUUUUGUCAUUGUAUUACCACAAAGGCAUAAUAUUUGUAAGUAAAAAAUUUCAUUCCCAAAUAUUAAGUGUUCGCAUGUAACAAUAUUGCACUGAUGGUAAUAAAACAUUGCAACAUGUUCAUUUCUAAAA